AUGCAUUGGAGAUCUCUCGUGCUUGCCGCCGCGGCCAUCGCGCCCGGUGCCAAUGCCGCCGCAACGCUCCGCUUUUCCUGCUCGCAGCUCGUCGUCGACCGUCUAGAUCCCCUGGUCAACCCUGGAAUGCUGCCGUCGCCGCAUCUUCACCAGGUCGUCGGAGGGAACACCUUCAACGCCUCGAUGGACCCCAGCACGCUCGACCCGCCGACAGCUGCGACAUGUACCAGCUGCACACCCACUGAAGACUUCUCAAACUACUGGACUGCCGUCCUGUUCUUCCGUGCAAGGAACGGGACCUUCCACCGCGUCUCGACCCUGGGCAACCCGCUCGGAUACGGCGAGGCAACCGGUGGCCAGACGGUCUACUACCUCUCGAGCGGCAAGGUCACAGCAUUCAAGCCGGGCUUCCGCAUGACCGUCGGGGACCCGACCUUCCGCACGGCGGCCCAGAUCAGAAAAUACCCCAUGCUCACCUACACAUGCCUGCAGACCAGCUCGACGAGGAGCGGCGCGACCACGGGCUUCCCGACAGCGGCGUGCAAGGUGGGCAUCAUGGUCAGCAUCCGGUUCCCGACCUGCUGGGACGGGCAGAACCUGGACAGCCCGGACCACCAGUCACACGUGGCGUACCCUGCGGCGGGCGGGCAGUGCCCGGCCACGCACCCCGUGACGAUACCGCAGGUCUUUUACGAAACAUAUUGGGACACGACCCCCUUCAACAACAGGGCCGACUGGCCGGCGGACGGGUCGCAGCCGUUUGUGUGGUCGUUUGGCGACUCGACGGGCUACGGCAACCACGGCGACUACGUCUUCGGGUGGAAGGGCGACGCGCUGCAGCGGGCCAUGGACACGGGCUGCAACAGCGACCUGUUCACAAACGCCAUCAACUGCCCCACGCUCAAGACGCAGACCAUCCAGCAGAGCAAUAAGUGCACCCGCAAGCGCGAGGUCAACGAGAACCUCGACGGCUGGCUCACCGAGCUGCCCGGCGGCAUGCCCGUCACCGGGAACAAGGCCUGA